CCGCCCUUACGUGCGCCCCCCUCUCAUGCUCUGAGUGAAAACUAAGAGGGUAGCGCGUACGCGAACGGUGCGGAUCGUCUGGAAGUAUGUGCGAACCUUCCCGUGGGAGGGGGAACGACACCCAGCUCUGGGAUGGUGAGAUGUAUCCUUGAUCGGGUAGAGCUGCCUAUCAUGGUGCUCAUCCGGUGUCGGACUGGCGACUUUGUGUACACCCCCGAAGAACUCGAGGUGAUGCGCUCCGACAUCGAGGCCAUAGGAGAACUCGCUGCCUCCGGCCCGGGAAAGGACGUGGGUGUCGUCAUCGGCGCCCUCACGGCAGAGGGAAAGAUAGACGAGCCGGCUGUGCGGUCAUUGGUGCAAGCUGCGAGGGGCAUGCAGGUUACGUUCCACCGAGCGUUUGAUAUGGUGCGCGACGCUGAGGAGGCCUUGACAACACUCGCCUCCAUCCCGGGUAUUCAGCGUAUACUCACCAGCGGCCUCGCCGCAACCUGCAUCGCCGGCCUCUCGCUCAUCACCCAGCUUUCCAUCGCCCACCCUAAUUCCCUCACACUUAUGCCAGGUUCUGGUGUCAACGCCCAUACCAUAACUCCACUGCUCCAAUCCCUGUACCCGAUCUGGCACGACCAAGACAAGAGAGGGGAAGUGCAUCUCUCCGCCGGAAGGUGGGCAGAGCCGAGGAAGACGUUUAGGAGGGAGAGGAUGGGGUUUGGAUUGGGGGUGAUGGGGGGAGAGGAGAUGGAGAGGAGGGAGUGGGGUCGCUGGGAAGUGAACGGGCGGGAAUUGGAUCUGGUUAGAGGGCUCGUGGAUGAGUUCG